AUGUGCGGAAUCUCAGCAGCCAUAAAGCUUCAGCGGAGCGGCUCUGCCGAUACCAAUGGAACCAACGGGGUCGACGGGCACCAGAAGACCAAUGGACACAACGGCAAUAUUGGUAGCGACAGCAGCCUUGAUAUCGAGAUCAAGGUCAACGGAAACGAGAAAAUUGGAGCUCAUGGCACCAAUGGCGACGUAGGGGAGAAGCAUGGGCUUCUUCGCCAGCAGUUGCAAGAAAGUCUGAAGACCAUCGCUCAUCGCGGCCCAGAUGCCUCCGGAAUCUGGAUCAACGACGAUGGGUCUGUCGCUUUCGGUCACUGCCGUCUGGCCAUCAACGAUCUUUCUCCGGACGGAGUGCAGCCCCUCCACAGCGAUGACGGUAAGAUCCACGCUAUCGUGAACGGAGAGAUCUACGACCACGAUGCCAUAAGAGAAAGAUGCCAGAAGCUGGGUUACAAGUUCAAGGGUCACUCCGAUAGCGAAGUCCUGGUCGCUCUGUACAAGAUUCACGGCACUGCCUUCUUCGAGCACCUCCGCGGAGAGUUUUCUUUCGUCAUCUACGAUGAGGAACAAGACAAGAUCAUAGCGGCGAGGGACCGCUUCGGCAUCAAGCCCAUGUUCUUCACUUUCCAGGACCAAGGUGCCGAUGGUGUGCGAAUGCUCUUGACUUCGGAGAUGAAGGGAUUCAAAGCCUUCGGCUGGGAGCCAGAGUGGAAUGUUCACGGCUUGAUCAGCGGAGAUUCGAUGCAGACCCGGUACACCGUGUUCAAGGAUGUCUGGAAAUUGGAGCCCGGCACUUGGAUGGAACUCCAAGGUGGGAAGAUCGAAUACCACCAAUACUGGGAUCCGGAUUACAAGGAUAAGAAGCAAGUAGAGACACGGACACUGGACGAGAUGAUCGAGGGCGUGAGGGAGCGUUUGGUGGAAGCGAUCAAGCUCCGACUCCGUGCUGACGUGCCCGUUGGAAUUUACCUGUCUGGAGGUAUCGACUCGUCUGUGGUGGCAGGUAUUGUGACGAAAUUGGUUCGCGACCAAGGCGUGAGCCUGGGCAACCAAGACGCAACGAAGCGCAUUACCUGCUUUACGAUCCAAUUCCCAGAAACAUCUGGCUUCAACGAGUCGGAUAUCGCUCAACGCUCAGCAGACUGGCUCGGUGUUCAAAUCCUCAAAAAGGACAUGAACGAGGCCGAGUUGGCGAAAAACUUCGCAGACGCCGUUUUCCACACUGAACACCACAACUUCGACCUGAACAGCGUUGGGAAGUUCUGUCUCUCCACACUUCCCAGAGAGAACGGCAUUCCUGUCGUGCUCACUGGCGAGGGUGCCGAUGAGCACUUCGCGGGUUAUCCCUUUGUGUUGCCCGCGUUCCUCAUGGAGGCCGACCAGUCGUGGCCCCAAUCCCCCCUCACAGACGACGUCCGUGUACCCAUGUUCAUGCAAAUGUCCCAAGACCUCAAGGACAUGUUCAAGAGAAUCGGCAUGUUCGAAGACGAGUCUCUCGCUGGGCCGAUGCCUAACAAAGGCAUGCGCCUCGAGCCGGAAUGGAACGCUUUCGCGCCCUGGAUUCGCGCGAGCUACGAGAAGCUCCUCGCCGCCGAGCAACCCACAAUCUCACCCGAGCUCAUCGCCAAGAUGACGCAGAAGUGGCACUCGCUGCACACUAGCCUCUACCUGUACACUAAGGGACCCCUUGCCAACAUGAUCCUGACGUGUCUGGGGGACCGUACCGAGAUGGCACAUAGCAUCGAGGCCCGCCCACCUUUCCUCGACCACCAUCUUGUGGAAUACGUGAACGGACUGCCCCCGAGCGUCAAGGUCGCCUAUCAGGAGCCCUCGGCGCAGGCUGGCGUGGACAACGCCACCGGGACCGGUUCAAGCCUGUGGUGGAAGGAUCUCGGCACCGCGCGUCAGAAGUUGAGCGAGAAAUGGAUCCUCAAGGAGGCCGGCAAGCCCUUCAUCACACAGGAGCUCUACGAGAGGAGAAAGCAUCCGUACUCUGCGCCGGUCAAGUGGCCGCGCGGAGGUCCCAUUCACAACAUGAUGCGGGAGCUGCUCACUCAGGAGAACAUUGAGAAUCUGGGUUUCCUGGAGUGGGACAAUGUCAAGCAGUGGCUGGAAGAUGGCUUCAGUGACGACGAGAGCAAGAGCCCUAGGGCAUUCCGGAAGCUGAUUUGCACUUCUUCCUGGGUUGUCCUUGGCCAGAGGUUCGGCGUGAAGAAGGCUGUUCAAGAGCAAUUGCCUGUGGCGGUUUGA